UCCACAGGCACAGCCCAUCAUUUCUCCUUCCUGCUGAACUCGACAGAUUACAGGAUCCUGAGUAUGGAUGAAGACCACGACCGUAUGUACGUGGGCAGUAAGGACUACAUCCUCUCCCUGGACCUCAACGACAUCAACAAAGAGCCGCUCAUUAUCCACUGGCCUGUCGCACCCCAGAGGAGGACGGAGUGCGUUCUUUCGGGGAAAGACAUUAACGGUGAGUGUGGGAAUUUCAUCCGUCUCAUCGAGCCGUGGAACAGGACUCACCUGUACGUGUGUGGCACAGGAGCCUACAACCCCAUCUGCACCUAUGUGGACAGAGGCCAAAGGUCACAGGCCUUUCUCCAUCACCAGGCUCCACGGGGAGGGGGGAGGACGAGCCGGGCAGCAGAUAUGGAUGCCUCGCCCGAACCCUACAUUCCUAAGGAAUAUAUUUUCCGUUUGGAGCCAGGCAAAGUGGAUUCUGGGAAAGGGAAGUGCCCAUAUGAUCCAAAAUUGAACAGUGUCUCUGCUCUAAUCAAUGGCCAGCUCUAUGCAGGGCUGUAUGUUGAUUUUAUGGGAACGGACUCUGCUAUCUUCCGCACUCUUGGCAAACACACAGCCAUGAGGACUGACCAGUACAACUCACGCUGGUUACAUGAUCCCACGUUUGUUCAUGCUCAGCUCAUCCCAGACAGUGCAGAGAAAAACGACGACAAGCUUUAUUUCUUCUUCAGAGAGAAAGCCUCAGAGAUGGGCCAGACACCAAUGGCUCAGUCCAGGAUAGGCAGAAUCUGUCUGAAUGAUGAUGGGGGACACUGUUGCCUGGUGAAUAAGUGGAGCACCUUUCUCAAAGCCCGGCUCAUCUGUUCAGUCACUGGGGCUGAUGGCAUUGAGACUCACUUUGAUGAACUCCGUUACGUGUACAUACAGAAGACUCAGGACACGAAGAAUCCAGUCAUCUACGGAGUUUUCUCUGUAUCAGGCUCUGUGUUUAAGGGCUCAGCGGUCUGUGUGUACUCUAUGGCAGACGUGCGGAUGGUAUUCAAUGGGCCUUUCGCUCACAAAGAGGGACCCAACUACCAGUGGGUGGCCUACACCGGAAAAAUCCCCUACCCACGUCCAGGCACAUGUCCAGCGGGCACAUUCACCCCCAACAUGAAGUCCACUAAAGACUAUCCGGACGAAGUCAUCAACUUCAUGCGAAACCACCCCACCAUGUACAACGCCGUGUAUCCAGUACACAAGCGCCCUCUGGUGGUGCGCACUAACGUGGACUAUGAGUUCACCACCAUCACUGUCGACCAGGUCGCCGCUGCCGAUGGCAAUUAUGAAGUCCUCUUCUUAGGCACAGACAGGGGGACAGUACAGAAGGUGAUUGUGCUGCCCAGAGAUGACCUACAGACUGAGGAGCUGGUCCUAGAGGAGGUGGAAGUCUUCAGAGUUCCGACACCAAUAACCACGAUGAAGAUCUCUCCCAAAAGACAACAGCUGUAUGUGGGUUCAGCCAUGGGCGUGACCCACCUGGCCUUGCAUCGCUGUGAUGUGUACGGGGAGGUGUGUGCUGACUGCUGUCUGGCCAGAGAUCCAUACUGCGCCUGGGACGGAAAGUCCUGCUCCCGAUACUCAGCCUCGCAAAAGAGGCGCAGUCGUCGCCAAGAUGUGAAGUAUGGCAACCCUAUCCGCCAGUGCCGAGGUUACAACUCGAACGCCAAUAAGAACACACUAGAGACCGUGCAGUAUGGAGUGGAAGGAAGCACUGCUUUCCUGGAAUGUCAGGCCAGGUCUCCUCAUGUGUCAAUCAAAUGGCACUUCCAGAAGGAGAACAGUGAUAGGAGGAAAGAGAUCCGUUCAGAUGGGCGCAUUGUGAGGACAGAGCAGGGUUUGCUCCUGCGCUCCCUCCAAAUGUCAGACGGGGGUGUGUAUCAGUGCACAUCCACAGAGAAGAACUUCAAACACACACUCGUCAAAUUGCAGCUCGUGGUCCUGUCGGGACGCACCGUCAACAGCAUCCAGGUGGAGUCCAGCGGACCCGGGAUGGUCCCCGUCCAGUCUAACGGCUGGAAUCCCAGCGCGGACCAGUACAAAGACCUGCUAACCAUUCUGAGCCAGCCAGAGAUGGGGCUGAUAAACCAGUACUGCCAAGACUACUGGCACCUCAGUGACGACCCAGACAGUUUCAACAAGAACCACAAAGAGCUGACAGACCUAAAGGAACAGAAAAAACCCCGCAGCCGUAGACACCAUGAGCCUCACAACAACAGCACAGAGACAUAA